UCAGUGUGUUGUUACAAUGGAAUGCGUAGAAAAAAUUAUCAGGAAAGAGAUGAUCGAUCCAGUGAAUGGAAAGCCAUUGAAAGAGGAUGAUAUCAUUGAGUUGCAGCGAGGAGGAACUGCUUCCUAUUGCAGUCAAUGUGUUGUUACAAUGGAAUGCGUUGAAAAAAUUAUCAGGAAAGAGAUGAUCGAUCCAGUGAAUGGAAAGCCAUUGAAAGAGGAUGAUAUUAUUGAGUUGCAACGAGGAGGAACAGGUAACUAAUA